UCUAAAGAACGCGAAAUCUACAUCCAUGUAACAACUGCAACUGAUACGGAAAUGUUGAGAGUAGUGAUGGCCGCUGUCGAAGGCAUCGUUCUUCGAUCCAAUCUCCAAAUCGCGGCGCUAAUUUGAUGUUUCUUUUUUUGCUCUUCAUCUUAUGAUUUAUCCAUGUGAUCAUCAACGUUCGCAUCUCGCUAUCGUGCUCCAAAACAUAUUGCUAUCGCCGGGACACAAUCUUGCAUACUCAACGUUAAUUUUCCUCUACAAUCUUACCGUUGCAACCAAUCUCUCCUCUAUCUGCUGGUCAAUCACGUUAUCGUCCGAUUCUGUGGGCUUCUUUUACGUUGUUCGAAAAUCACCAAUAUUAGUGCUGUCAUAAGCAAAAACAUCCGCGAAAUCAUGCUUUGAAGAUUGUCACCCCAAUUGGAGCCUGAUGGUGAUUAGGCUGCAGGCAC